CGGCAAGCCAGAGAACUUGGGAGCAGCUGUGGGCUCUUGAGUCUCCAGGAUGAGGCCGGCUCUUGCCCUGUGCCUCCUCUGUCCUGCGUUCUGGCCCCGGCCAGGGAAUGGCGAGCACCCCACGGCCGAUCGCGCAGUUUGUUCGGUCCCGGGGGCUUGCUACAGCCUGCACCACGCAGCCAUGAAGAGGAGGGCGGCGGAGGAGGCCUGUAGCUUGCGCGGCGGGACUCUCAGCACCGUGCAGUCCGGCUCUGAGUUGCAAGCUGUGCUCAAGCUCUUUCGUGCAGGUCCCGGGCCUGGUGGAGGCUCCAAAGACCUAAUGUUCUGGGUGGCUCUGGAGCGUGACCGUUCACAGUGCACCCAGGAGAGAGAGCCUUUGAGGGGUUUCUCCUGGUUGUACACGGACUCAGAAGACUCGGAGAACAGAACACUACCUUGGGUGGAAGAGCCACAACUUUCUUGCACUGUACGAAAGUGCGCUGUGCUCCAGGCCACCGGGGGAGUGGAGCCUGCUGGCUGGAAGGAGAUGCGCUGUCAACAGCGCGCCGAUGGCUACCUGUGCAAGUACCAGUUUGAGGCUCUGUGCCCUGCGCCUCGCCCGGGAGCCGCCUCUAACUUAAGUUUCCAAGCUCCCUUCCGGCUGAGCAGUUCUGCCCUGGACUUCAGCCCUCCUGGGACCGAGGUGAGUGCGAUGUGUCCCAGGGACUUCUCAGUCUCCUCCAUCUGCGUCCAGGAAGAGACAGGCGCACGCUGGGAUGGGCUUUUCCCUGGGAGCUUGCUCUGCCCCUGUUCUGGGAGGUACCUCCUUGCUGGCAAGUGCGUGGAGCUCGCUGACUGCCUAGACUACUUGGGAAACUUCGCCUGCGAAUGUGCUGUGGGUUUUGAGCUAGGGAAGGACAAACGCUCUUGUGAGACCAAAGCGGAAGGCCAACUAACCCUCGAGGGGACCAAGUUGCCCACUAGAAAUGUAUCAGCCACUCCAGCCAGUCCUGUGACAAACAAAUCGUGGCCAGGUCAGGUCUAUGACAAGCCAGGAGAGAUGCCCCAGGUCACUGGACAAGACCGUAUUGCGACAUCUGUUCCUGAGAUUCUUCAGUGGGGAACACAGAGUACUUUACCUACUGUUCAAACGUCCCCACAAACCAAGCCAAAAGUCACCAUCACACCAUCAGGAAGUAUGAUGCCCACAUUGAACUUCGCAUCUUCCCCUCCUGUUUCUCUGACUUUCGACUCCUCCUCCACGGUGGUCUUCGUACUUGUGAGCAUAGCAGUAAUAGUUUUGGUACUCUUGACCAUUACAGUGCUGGGACUUUUCAAACUCUGCUUCCACAAAAGCCCUUCCUCCAGGACAAGGAAGGGAGCUUUGGACUCACAGGGUGUGGAAUGUGAUGCAGAGGCCACCUCUCUGCGGCACAAUUCUGCACAGUGCACGGACACUGGAGGGAAGGGUGCCUGAGGGGCUGAGCUGAGGGCACUUCACUAGUUGGGUUCUCUCUUGGAUCAGGACACACUUAGGGAAACAGCCCAAUGCCCACAUCUUGUCUAGAUUUUUUUCAGUUCCAACAAUUGGGAAAAGAAGGGAUUUUGCAAUGAUGAUUACUUUGGAAGUUCCCCUUCCCAUAAAUUCUCUUUUUUUUCCACUAAGGAGCUAAAUCUGAAAGUCACACUAGUCCCCUGAAGGUGAAGAGGGGGAGGCUAUGGACUGGUGGAGCACAGGAUGGCAAAUGGCAGGAGGCGGUUUUCUGUGUUCUGAGGGAAUUUGGAGAAGUGCUUGUAUAUUUCCCAGUCUUGGGAACAAAUAAAUAAAUAACACUAUAAUUUUUGGAACGUUUACUUUCACCCAAAAUGAAAAAGGAAAUAGCUAUAUUAUUCAGGCUAGGAAUAUAUUAGCUUGAAAAUUUCAGGUAAAUAAUAAAACAUCGCUGAGAACCCAGACUAAUAUGUUUGACUUAUGCAAAGGGUGUUCUUUAGGAGUACAACGUUCUGGAGAUAGCAACUGGCUAUGGGGUAUGCUGGGAAGACACACAGAAGUAAACGCUGGUGUUUUGAGGGGAAGUCCUUAUACCCUAGCUCCUUCAGAACUAGUGAAGUUUCCCUUUAUUCUUUUAUCCUUUGCUUUCAAAGUCACUGGGACUGUGCUCUGCUAUAAAUCCUAAGUGCAAGGUUGCCAGUUUCUGACUCUAGAAGCAAAUUACAGUUGACCACCAAUCCAAGUGUUUACUGUGUGUCCUUGCCCAAGGAAACAAAUGAUUUGUGUCUUCGUUUUCCAAUGUUUGUGUUCUCCAGUGUAAUGACCUUCCUCUCCAAGCCACCUUGUAGACAUCAAGAUGCUGAUCCUCACUUCCAAUUACGAUGAUGUUAAUUCUCAAUUAAAACGUUAAUGCUAAGUAUUGAUUUGAAAUCUUCUGGGUGCAUUAAAGCAAAAGGAAGCUUGGCUUCUUCCAAAGUUGCAAGAUUCUUGUGCCCUAUUUAAUCCAUGAGGGUGGGGGUGGGGACACUUGAAUGUCAACCCAUUUCUGUUUCUUCUCAAUAGAUUGUGAAUGCAAUGACAAUGUGUGAGUAUCAGGGGAUUGUUACAACUGCACAAGAGUCUUAGCAGGCAAAACUGCAGGAAAUGGCUUUCUGCAGAAUUAAUAGUGUAAAAAAGAAAUAAUAAAUAAAACCUAACAUCUUGUUAUGACUUGAGAUGUUAGCAUAUAAUAAAAAAAAAUCACACAUUCAGGUGGUAAAUAAUUAAGGCAUAAUAAUAAUAAUAAUAUCUGGUUGAAUUCAAAGACCUUGGAGAAUAUUUCAGUUAGAGUGCUGAGAUUUUUGUAAGUGUUGUAAAGUUGUUGUGUGAAGGGAAAUAGAGAAAUAAACUUACUUGUGGGAGAAAAUGAAAGUAGAAAAAACUUGGACUAUAUUUUUCUAGAAUCAUUUUUAUACUCUUGAUUGUACUAAGAGUUGAUUUAAUGUUAGCAAAUAACCAAUAAUAAAAUAACCUAGAAAAUUAAGAGAGUUCAAUAUAUGAAUCUGUGUUUUAAAUAUAAAUCUACGUGCUUAAUAUUGUAUCACUGAAGGGAAAAAUUGAUAGAAAGCUUGCUUCAUAAGUUGAAUAUGGCUUUAAAUAGUUACAGUUAAAUAAAAUCACAAAUGAAUUCAAA